AAUGGCAGCAACGGAUCCGGGCCGAGCCCGACCCGGGACGAGGAGGGGCUGAGCCGCGGGGGAUCCUGGAAUCGGCAGGGAGGUGGGGAUUCUGGGAGGAAAACUCCAUUUCCUCUUUCCCUGCCGGCUUCUCCCCUCUACCCUGGCACCCCAAAUUUCGAUGUGUCGCCUGCCGGGCGCUGAGCGCCGGUGUUGAGAGAGGCGGUGGCCGCCGCGGCCGGGAAUAUGCUGGGCAUGUACGUGCCGGACAGGUUCUCCCUGAAGUCCUCUCGGGUUCAGGACGGGAUGGGGCUCUACACGGCCCGCAGAGUGCGAAAGGGUGAAAAGUUCGGACCCUUUGCUGGAGAGAAGAGAAUGCCUGAAGACUUGGAUGAAAAUAUGGAUUACAGGUUGAUGUGGGAGGUUCGUGGGAGUAAGGGAGAAGUUUUGUACAUUUUGGAUGCUACCAACCCACGGCACUCCAACUGGCUUCGCUUCGUUCAUGAGGCACCAUCUCAGGAGCAGAAGAACUUGGCUGCCAUUCAAGAAGGAGAAAACAUUUUCUAUUUGGCAGUUGAAGAUAUAGAAACAGACACGGAGCUUCUGAUUGGCUACCUGGAUAGUGACAUGGAGGCUGAUGAGGAAGAACAGCAAAUUAUGACAGUCAUCAAAGAAGGGGAAGUUGAAAAUUCUAGAAGACAAUCAACAGCAGGCAGAAAAGAUCACCUUGGCUGUAAAGAGGACUAUGCUUGUCCUCAAUGUGAAUCGAGUUUUACCAGUGAGGAUAUUCUUGCUGAGCAUCUUCAGACAUUGCAUCAGAAACCCACAGAGGAGAAAGAAUUUAAGUGCAAGAACUGUGGGAAGAAAUUCCCAGUUAAGCAGGCUUUGCAAAGACAUUUUGAGCAGCACCAGGAGACUUGCCGGGGGGAUGCCAGGUUUGUGUGCAAGGCUGACAGCUGUGGAAAGAGGCUGAAGAGCAAGGAUGCCCUGAAAAGACACCAGGAAAAUGUCCACACUGGAGAUCCUAAGAAAAAGCUUGUAUGUUCAGUGUGCAAUAAAAAGUGUUCUUCAGCAUCAAGCCUACAGGAACAUAGAAAGAUUCAUGAGAUAUUUGAUUGUCAAGAAUGUAUGAAGAAAUUUAUUUCAGCUAAUCAGCUAAAACGUCAUAUGAUCACCCACUCAGAAAAACGACCCUAUAAUUGCGAGAUUUGUAAUAAGUCCUUCAAGAGGCUUGAUCAAGUGGGUGCUCACAAAGUAAUACACAGUGAAGACAAACCUUACAAAUGCAAACUUUGUGGAAAGGGAUUUGCCCACAGAAAUGUUUACAAGAAUCACAAGAAGACCCACUCUGAGGAGAGACCGUUCCAAUGUGAAGAAUGUAAAGCUUUGUUUCGGACCCCAUUUUCUUUGCAGAGACACCUGCUAAUACAUAACAGUGAGAGGACUUUCAAGUGCCAUCACUGCGAUGCUACCUUUAAGAGGAAGGAUACAUUAAAUGUUCAUGUCCAGGUGGUUCAUGAAAGACACAAGAAGUAUAGGUGUGAGCUAUGUAAUAAAGCCUUUGUUACACCUUCAGUGCUUAGAAGUCAUAAGAAAACACAUACAGGAGAAAAGGAGAAAAUCUGUCCAUAUUGUGGCCAGAAAUUUGCCAGCAGUGGUACACUCCGAGUUCAUAUCCGGAGCCACACAGGUGAGCGUCCCUAUCAAUGUCCUUACUGUGAAAAAGGAUUCAGUAAAAAUGAUGGACUGAAGAUGCACAUUCGUACUCACACCAGGGUUUUGGGAAUCUGCCGCUCACCAGUCCGUUUUUGUGGCUCACAGCGAGGCCAGCCCCUGGAGCACUGGGUUGUCUCGAAGCAGGCGUGCAAGACACAGUUUCUGACUUCUGAGGAGAAGCCGUACAAGUGCUCAGAGUGCAGCAAGGCCUUCAGCCAGAAGCGAGGCCUGGAUGAGCACAAGAGGACACACACUGGAGAAAAGCCUUUUCAGUGUGAUGUUUGUGACUUGGCUUUUAGCCUGAAGAAAAUGCUGAUUCGACACAAGAUGACUCAUAAUCCCAAUCGUCCACUGGCAGAAUGCCAGUUUUGCCAUAAGAAGUUUACAAGGAAUGACUACCUCAAAGUGCACAUGGACAAUAUCCAUGGUGUAGCUGACAGCUAAUGGGGGCUGUAAAGGAAUUAAACUAUUCAGAAGGGCUCCUAAUAUGAAUCCCAGAUUUUUCUCACCUGAUCAGCAUAACAGAAGUAGCCAAAAGUGACUUACUGGUCUCAUAGUUCUUAUUUGCCUACAUUUAGAGUCUGUAGAUGUGUAUACAACCAAAAAAAGUCUUACUUUUACCAAGAAAUGGUAUAAAUGGAAAAAAAAAAUACAACUCCAUAGCCUUGCAAAAUGCAACUUGUGCUCCGUCUUAUAAAAAUGGAAAAAGGAGUUAUGGCCCUCUUUCUUGGCCAUCCCUCUUUAAUGAAGUUCAUUAAUAUACUUCCCUAAUAGGCCUUUUCAUUUUAUUGUUAUUCUUUGUGUGUCUGUGUGUCUGUAUGUGUCUGUGUGUGCGCACUCACUUGCAAAUACCAGUUGUUGCAGCUGGUUUUACCAAUUUAAAUAGAAAUAAAUCAAGAUAUCCAACUAUUUCUUUGCAGAUUAGGGUAAGAAAAAGUUAUCGAAGACUCAAGUUUGAUAGGAAAAUAAAUACUUGCUAUUUUAUAAGACAAACCAAGAGUUGAGCUUAACUAAUAGCUCUGUGCAACAAAUGAGUUUAAAAUAAAGAGACGUUUGAUAACUAAAACAUCUAUUAAAAUAUUGCUCAUUUUAGAGAAUUCUUAGGAAACGUUAUUUACUCUCAUCAUUCAGAUGCAAACAUUCAUAGUCUGGAAUACUUUUAUAAAUUCUACACAAGAAUGACCAUCACAUUUAAAUAUUCAUCAGGCAACCCCUCUUGAAUUUAGACCAUUUAGCUUUAGACAUUAACCGUAUAGCAAUAUAUAUAAUUAAAAAUAGAAACCAAAUAGAUUAUCCAUAUUUGCUGACAGAGUGGCAGAACAAUAGUAGCAUUUCCACAUUAGUUAUGAUGAACACAGCCCUUUCCACUCUCCUUCCAUAAAAGUGCACAGAACGUGUUAGUGCAGAUACAGUCCUCAGAGCAUUAACAUUCCAUUUUGCAAAAGACAUUUUCCAGAAUCUUGGCAGUAGGUAAUUCUGAAACACUUUUGAAUUACCUUCAAUCAUCCCAUAUAAUUAGGAAUCCAGAAUACAAAGUACAAACCUGGCAAUUGUUAUGAUUGAAAUUGUCACUGGUGCUUAAGGGAAAUUGAAGCAAGAAGCAUAAUUUCUUCCUUUAGAAGGUUAUAUUUCAGCAAAAUACUUGACAGCAACAUACAAUGAACAGCUUGUUUGGAGAGAUGAUAUGAUACAAUGUAAUAGUGAUGUCAAAAUAACCUAGAGGAAUAUCCAAAAACCAGAAAAACAUUAAAAUGAAGCCCAACUCAUGAACCUCUCUAACUGAAGCCCAGUCGAAGGAAAGGAAGUGUAGUUUUAAGGAAGUUAUUUGGUUCUAAUGAGUUAAGGAGAAAGGUUCUCUGAGACACAGUUCUUUGACUUCAGGAAUCUCAUUUUAGAAUUGUAUUCACCCCCAAUUCCAGUAUUAAAAAGAAACAUAAAGAUUCAAUGUAGACAUUUGAAUGUUGUAAAAUACUAAAUUUGAAACAGAAGAGAUAACUUUUAAAAAUAUAUAUCCUAAAAUUAUAAUUUAGAAGACAUUUAAAUAUAGUUAUAUGUAGUAUUUUGUAUCUGAAAUUAUAGACUGUAUUUUAUAAAAUAAAUUUUAUAAAUUUUGGUCUUGUUUCUCACUAUAUCAUUUGUUUCAGCAAUAUAUUUUUAGAUCUAAAGUGUUUUCAUUUUAACAUGAUAGUGUGUGUAGUAUCAUUUGAAUAUAAAAAAAGCUGUAAAAUUUGGUAGUGUGUAUUAUUUAAACACAUCCUAUAUAUUCCUUUGAAUGCUGCUUUCUCUAUAUGGGAUGCUUUAUAUCCCAAUUAUGUGAUGAAUGUAAAACUUGAAAGGAGUCCAAAUACCAAUUUUGUGUAAUCUCAGCAAGUCACAGUUCACAUGGCUGCUGGGGAAAUUACCCUGAAAACUGUGGUGUUGCUAUGCUGUGGAGUAAACGGACAGGGAAAAGGUGCUGGGCUUUAUCCUGCUGAAGGUUUAUAGACAAGGAAAUCUUUAGAAAAUGGUGUAGAAGGACCUAUGCCAGAGACUGGUAUACCACUGUCUCUUCAGAGGACUGAAACCAAAAUAAGGCCUUAGAAGACUAUUUGUAUGCUGUAAUUUUGCUGUAAUUUUUAUCCAAAAGACAAGUAUUCAUGGAUAGUUUCAGAUAUAUUAGCAUUUGCUUGCUAAAACUUUUAAAUUACUUAGUAAUAACCAAAAAAAGAGAGUAGGCAUGAUUGAUCAAUUGAAAGCGUAGAUAAUCAUAGAGGAAAAGUCUUACUGACAAGCUGAAGUACAGGUACCUACUUUGAAAUGUCUUUUGUUUCCUGCUGUGAAAGAUUUUGGCUGGGGUAUUUUCUUGCGAAAAGACCAGACUCUUGGGUGCCUAUAAAGUCUAAGUAAUUGAGACUUAGAAAUUGGCUAAGUAAAUUUAAGAGACGUUCAAUAAUGUAGGUGGGUUCACUUACCCUUUUAUAAUAACUGUCUUCUUCGUAUAUUAACACUCAAGAUGUUUGUGUAUCUUUAAUUUGUCUUUGUUUCACAACAACUGGCUUUUGUUUUCCUUUUCAUGGUGUGUUGUUGGCUAUAUAGAGGUAUUUAUUGGUUAAUUAUAAUCAACAGUUGCACCAUAAAAGUAUUCUUGAUGAUACAUUCUUGGGGUUACAUAGUAUAGUUAACAUGUUGCUUUCAAGAAACAUGAGUGUGUGUGUCUGUGUGUGUGUUUCUGUCUGUCUGAAGAGUAUCACUUAUAUGCAGUGCAUAUACAUGUAAGUGCAUUCCUUUGCUCAAAUAUCUUCUGACCUAUUGCAGUCAACUCAUGCAUGAGUGUGAACAUGUAUUAUAGGUCUUAUAGCCUUAGUUUCUGUUUUAGAUUUUAUGUGCUGCUUCUUUUCUCAAACAAAAGCCUGAAAGGAAAGAGGAUAGGUACUAGAAAUAUUCAUUUUUUUUCCUUCACAAAUCUAAAUGUUGCUUAUGAAAACUCAUCUUAGAGUAAUGAAUAUAUGGAAGUAGGUAGGUAGGAGGAAAUGUGCCUCUUUAAAACCCUAAAAUUUUACCAUUGAUAUUGACAUUUGUUUGCGUGUAUAUAAAUGGAGCAUGUGUAAAUAUAGAAUUCCAAUAACAUUUUUAUUUUAUUAUAAAUCUAUAAUAAAUCUAUAUAAAUCACUACCA